AUUAGAAAAUGCCAAAAAGAAAAAUUUACGAACAGGUGAAAUACAUUCGAAGUGAUAAAUCAACUAAUAGAAAUCUUAUUCCACUUUAUUUUAAACCUCAUGUCAACACAAGGCGUGAAGAACUGGGUACCAGUGUUAUCAUAGUUAACGGCGUAGGGCGGCACUUACCAAACUUAUUCAGAGGGCGAUGUCGACUCUUGCUUUGAGCUCCAUUGGAAAACAAUAACAAUGCCAAACAAUUUGCAUAAGAACAGUAUAUUUUCACUGAUUUUGAAAAUAGCAUUUGUGCCAUAAGCCAAAAGUUCAUAUUAGCAGCUAUCCCCUCGCCUAGCAAUCGUGGCGAUCGCGUUGAAUGAGAAGGUGCAGAGCUAACGCAACAGGCAUUUGCAAACAAAAUUUAUGAAUAAACAAACAAUAGAAAGUUGUUCGUUUUUUGUUCCAAAGAUAUUUGGAAAUCAAGGCCAAGAUCUACAUACAUACAAAACCUAAAUUAUUUGUUUUGGUACACCAGCUAGGUUGUAUAAGGUGAAAUAUUAGUAUAUCCGAGGCAAUCCUCAGAAAGGCAAGCAUGAGAAUGGCAUCUACAAUCAAUUCCAAUGAGAGGGACGAUGGCAUCGCAAAUGACAUUUCAGUUGAAAGGUUAUAUCAGCGUAAACUAAUGAAAGAAAAUCCUAAUAAAAUCAGUCAACAUUCAGAAAAUGGAGCUUCAUGUACUGAAAACGAAGGAAAAAUAGAUGCGCCUCUACUUAAUGGCAAAUCUACAUUUUCAACUGCCAAUUCGAUCCAUCGCACAUCUACUGGAACCUUCAUGAAGUUGAAAACAUAUUUACAUGCGCUGCGCCCAUGGUCAUUAUCUGGCAGCUUGGUACCAACAUUGAUGGGCUCGGCAUUGGCAUAUCGUUCCCAGUGGGCAUCUGAUUUUAGUCUCAUAACAUUUUUUCUAACAGCCUUCACAGUAGUCACAGUACAUUGCGCUGGUAAUGUGGUGAAUACAUAUUUUGAUUUCAUUAAGGGAAUCGACAAACAAAAAGCCGAUGACCGCACUCUCGUUGAUCACAUUCUUACGAAGGAUGAGGUGGUCUCAUUAGGCGCAAUUUUGUAUAUGGCUGGAUGCGGUGGUUUCAUCUGUUUAGCCUUUCUUAGUCCAGCUAAAAUGGAGCAUCUCGCGUUAAUUUAUUUUGGCGGUCUAUCCUCUAGUUUUCUUUACACUGGUGGAAUUGGUUUCAAGUACAUAGCCCUUGGAGAUGUUGUUAUUUUAAUACUCUUUGGACCACUCUCAGUAUUGUUCGCGUUUAUGUCACAAACAGGGCAUGUAGAUUGGACUACUAUUUACUAUGCUCUUCCUCUUGCACUGAAUGCCGAGGCUAUAUUACACAGCAAUAAUACACGGGAUGUAGAAAAUGACCGCAAAGCAGGGAUUGUGACGUUAGCUAUACUCAUCGGACGCACGGCAUCACACGUCUUAUACGCACUACUCCUCUUCACGCCGUACAGUGUAUUUGUAGUAUAUGGUUUGAAAUACUCACUAUGGUUUUUAUUGCCUCUCGUGACUGUCCCACAGGCGUUUCAGAUUGAAAAGCGCUUUCGCAACGAACAUACAAUGAGCUCUGUACCACGACAAACAGCUAAACUAAAUUUCUUUUUCGGUGUGCUCUACAUAGUAGCGAUAUGCUGUGCUAAAAAAUUACCCGACUUUAGUUAUCGCAGACAUUAGAAUGAUAAAAUAAUUUUAUAUUCAUAGUAGUAGCGAACAAUAAUUUUCAUUUAUUAAUAAUAUGAUUAUUGUCAGAUAAUAAAUUAAAUACAUUCAUUAACACGAGGAGCGACUCAUAAGCUCGCGACUUAAGGUACAGAAUGAAUAAAAAGUAUGGUUCUAUAUUUUUCAAUGUAAACCCCUUCCCCCUUUUCAUAUCGUGAAUAUAAAACCUUUAUGCAACUGGAAAAAUAUUGUUUAGAUUUCUCUUCUAAAUGGAAAAAAUAUCUUCCUUCACGUAACUCCUUUUCGAAAAUACAAAAAGAAAAGGAUAAAUUUUCUAUGAAUUCUGUAGUAGUUUUUAAUACAUCCCUCGUAACCCGAGUAGUAUGUAUAAAUCUUACAAAGCGGUGGAAAAUGUCAUCCAAAUCACUGUAACGCAACUCCAAACAAAUGUACAAUUAGUGUUAUUAGUAAAAAUAUGAGGGGCCAUCUCUGAGUACCUUUAGUCGCGAACUUAUCAGCCGCCUCUUGUA